CACUCCGGACCGAACGCCUCGCCGUCGCGACGCUUCCGAAAAUUCUUACGUAAAGAAAUCCGGACGAUCGAAGUGUGUUUGUUUUUUUUAUUUAAAUAUCUAUCACAAAAAAUAAAUUUGAUCACCUAUGAUUGCAGUGAUAAAUUGAAGAUAAAAAAUAAAAUAUGACGCCCGAAACGCCUUCUAGUUCUGGAAGUGAUACAUCGAAACCAGGGGGAUGCAAGUCUGAAGAGCGUCUGAUGGUUGCUGUUCGUAUAAGACCUAUGAAGCCGGAUGAACCAACUAAAGUUUUGUACGCGUUGAACAAAAAGACAAUUGUAUUAGAAGAUAUAGACAAAUCGGAUGUCAUUCGACAAAAGAAAGGCGUAGAAAGGCAAUAUUUGUAUGAUGUGGUAUUUGGUGAAGAUUCUACACAAGAAGAAGUUUACAAAGUUACCACAAAAACUUUAAUAACUGAUAUACUUAAUGGAUACAAUGGCACAGUAUUCGCGUAUGGAGCAACAGGAGCAGGUAAAACCCACACUAUGGUAGGCACCAGAUCUGAACCGGGCAUCAUGAUUAGAGCCCUUAAUGAUCUUUUCGAAGCUGUUAAAGGCAAAGAAGAGGAGUACUCUGUAAUCAUGUCGUACUUGGAGAUCUACAACGAACAAAUCAGAGAUCUGCUGAAUCCUUCGUCGGGAUUCUUGGAGCUCCGCGAGGAUUCCAAAGGGAAGAAUAUCAACGUUGCAGGACUUUCUGAAAUUUCUACCACAAGCACAGAUGAAAUAAUGCAACUGCUUCACAAAGGCAAUAAGGCGCGUACGAUGGAGCCGACGGCGAUGAAUCAAACCUCUUCGAGGAGCCAUGCUUUGCUCAGCGUUACCGUCCGGCAUUCGGUGCCGGUGGAUAAAAAGGACCAUUUGAAAAUUCGCGUGAAGCAAGGCAGAUUGUUCAUGAUCGAUUUGGCGGGUUCCGAACGGGCGAAUAAGACCAAAAACAGCGGUAAAAGGUUGCAGGAAGGGGCUCACAUCAACAGAUCGCUGUUGGCCCUCGGUAACUGUAUCAACGCUUUGAGCGGAGGAGCUAGGUACGUCAAUUACCGAGAUUCGAAAUUAACGCGACUGCUCAAAGAGGCGUUGAGCGGCAAUUGCAAGACGGUGAUGAUAGCGCACGUUUCCCCGUCUUCCACGCAAAAAGACGAGUCUCGCAACACUCUAAUCUACGCGGAACGGGCCAACAACAUCACCAAUAAAAUCGAGCGCAACGUCCUGGACGUGUCCUACCACGUCACCCAAUACCAGACCGUCAUCACCGAGCUGAGGGACGAGAUAUCGCGGCUGCAGCACAAAAUGAAGGAGGAACGACCGCGGUCGGCCGACGUGAGGAAGCUCAACUCGGAGGAGAGGCGAAAGGAGGUGCAGGAAUUGCGCGAGCAAAUCGUCGAGACGUUCAAAACGCAAAUGAAGCUCAGACGGAAGCUGAUGGAGAUCGAUUCGCAUCUGCUGAGCUUGGGCAUGGAGUCCGAGCGGCAGCACAUGAUCAUAUCACAUUGGGAAUCCAGGAACAAUAAGUUGUAUAAGAAUAGCUUGAAUGAGUCCAGGGCCAGGACGCAGCAAAGUAUGAGAAGGAGAACUUACACGGCGGAUGGUUUCCGAUCGGCCGGAUACGAGCAAGAGGAAGUGUACGAUACCGAUAACGAGGAGGGAGAAACUGCCAUUCAGCAGGCCUGGUUAGAAUUGACGGAUAUCGAGCGCGAGCAAGAUCGUUGGUCCGAGCUGAGGACUCACAUAGAACAGAAACUGGAAGCUUGCAGGCAACGUGGUGUCUCCUUAGAGGAUAAACUUCCGACUCUGCUUUCGUCUGACGACGAACGGGAGAUAUUGGCGUUGAUGUGUAGAGUUCACGAAUUGGAGGCCGAUAAAAUGGCAUUGCAGUCGGAGAGGCUCGUUAGACAGCACGAGCUAAGAAGGAGAGAUUUGCUCAUUUUGCGAUACGACAGGCAAAGGCAGCUAUCCGAAGAAAUCAUAACCAGACAAAGGCAAAUAAUGGAAGAAAAGAAACUGUCGUUGCCUCAGGAUUUGCAAGAGUUGUAUCAAUUGUAUCAGCAGGAAAUACACGCUUCUACUUAUACUGAUUUCGGCAUCACCCAAACUGCUUCUUCAUUAACACCUGAUGUAUUGCCGCCUAUAAGUAGAACGCGAAUUUUGACCACUGAACUGAGCAGUAGCGAUUUGAGUGCAGUUUCACCGCCUUCUUCUGCUGAAUCAGGGGAUUCCAGUGUAGAUCGUGUUAUGGGCCACCCUAUUUCCAGGCACGGUUUCAGUAAAUUACCACCUGUACCUCCUAGCCCGCCUGUUAGACCGAAGAAAAGCGGUUUAAGCUCAGUAAGGAGAAGUCAUAGCGAUAUGCGGCUGAAUAGUACGGAAGAAAUGUAACAAAAUGUAAAGUUGAUUGUUAAUUAUUACAAAUUGUAUAUUUUACUUGUAUGAUAAAUCAA